AUGCCGUCGACGGCGAUGUGCAUGAGGACGUUGCGGGCGUACGCCAAGUACGGGCAAAACCAUGCGGCCCUCUUCGCGCGCACCUUCUCGGUCACCGCCUGCCGCGGCGAGAUCAACAAGGUCUACCCCUCGGCCGCCGAGGCGCUCAAGGACAUGAAGCCCAACUCGACACUCCUCUGCGGCGGCUUCGGGCUCUGCGGCGUGCCGGACACGUUGAUCGACGAGGUUCUCAAGAAGCCCGAAAUCACCGGCCUCACGGCCGUCUCCAACAACGCCGGCACCGACAACAGCGGUCUCGGCAAGUUGCUGCGCACCAAGCAGAUCAAGAAGAUGAUCGCCUCGUACAUUGGCGAGAACAAGACGUUUGAGUCCAUGUAUCUGACGGGCGAGGUCGAGCUGGAGCUUACACCCCAGGGCACGCUCGCCGAGCGGUGCGCGGCCGGCGGCAAGGGCAUCCCGGCCUUCUACACACCCGCCGCCUUUGGCACCGUCGUGCAGACGGGCGAGCUGCCGCUGCGCAACAAGCUCGACGGCACGCCGGACCAGUUCUCGUACCCCAAGGACGUCAAGGUGUUCAAUGGCAAGAGCUACCUGCUGGAGCACGCCAUCGCGGGCGACUACGCCUUCGUCAAGGCGUACAAGGCCGACCGCCUCGGCAACUGCCAGUUCCGGCUGGCAGCCAACAACUUCAACGGCGCCAUGGGCCGCAACGCCAAGAUGACCAUCGUCGAGGCCGAGCACAUUGUCGAGCCCGGCGAGAUCCCGCCCGAGGCGGUCCACCUGCCCGGCAUCUACGUCAAGCGCGUCAUCCAGAGCACGGCGCCCAAGAACAUUGAGAAGUACACGUGGAGCAAGGACCCGAGCGAGUCCGCCGCCGAGGACCCCAAGGCCGCGGCCGCGCUGGGCACCGGCGACACCAAGGCCAAGCGCGAGCGCAUCGUCAAGCGCGCGGCCAAGGAGUUCAAGAACGGCAUGUACGCCAACCUGGGCAUCGGCAUGCCGAUGCUCGCGCCCGGGUUCGUGGGCGAGGACGUCGAGGUGCAGCUGCAGAGCGAGAACGGCAUUCUCGGGCUCGGCCCGUACCCGCUCAAGGGCCAGGAAGACGCGGACCUGAUCAACGCGGGCAAGGAGACAGUGACGCUCAAGCCGGGCGCGUCCGUGUUCGGGUCCGAGGAGAGCUUUGGCAUGAUCCGCAGCGGCCGCAUCAACCUGACCAUCCUGGGCGCCAUGCAGGUCAGCGCCACGGGCGACCUGGCGAACUGGAUGCUGCCGGGGAAGGUCAAGGGGUUCGGCGGCGCCAUGGACCUGGUCAGCAACCCCAGCGCGACUAAGGUGGUGGUCACUAUGGAGCACACGGACAAGAAGGGCAAUCCCAAGAUUGUUAAGCAGUGCGCUUUUCCGCUGACGGGCAAGGCGUGCGUGUCGAGGAUUAUCACAGAACUGGGUGUCUUUGACGUCGAUUUUGCCCACGGGCUGACGCUGAUCGAAAUCGCGGAUGGCGUGACGGUGGAUGAGAUCAAGGCUAAGACUGAAGCGCCCUUCCAUGUGGCUGACGACCUUAAGCCCAUGCUUUGA